UUUUUGAGCAGGAAGACCUCUGGGCUCAAAGUCUGUCUGUUGCUUACUGGGGUGACUCGCCAAUGGAAAAUUGUGAUUUUUUGUAUGUUUACAACUUGGUUCAAGAUUACCUGAAAUAUGUUUGCCUGGGAUCCGAGUCCGGAGCAGCCCCCAGCCGAGUCAGCUAGUGUCUUCACUUAAAAGUCGCGAUGUUCGCCUCCAAGGGGGGAGUGGAAGAAAAUUUGAAACCAUAUCUGGACAAACUUGAGAUUUGUUCCCCAGAGGCAGCCAACAGAAUCUUUGUUCGUGCAAUGGCCGAUGAAUUUGCUGAUGGACACACCAACUGGGGACGGAUCUUGACCAUAUUCUUGUUUGGAGGAAUUUUAGCCAGGAAGCUUCAAGACCACGGAGUUCUCAUGACGGUGGAAAACCUGAAGCAGGUUUCUCACUUCAUCACAGACUAUAUUGUUGACAACCAAGCCAAGUGGAUUGUCGAAAACGGAGGAUGGGACAACGGCUUUGUACCGAAAUUUGAGGACAAACGUCCUUGGCUGUCUUUACACUGGAUGAAGACCAAAAUCCUGGCGGUUUUCUCAUACAUCAGUCAAUAUUACUGACAAAUUUGGUCAAUGUUUCCAGCAGGCACAAGAUGUGACCACCAGAUAUGCCCUGGCAGCUGUUUUGUGUACCAGAAAACUGGAAAUGCUCUAUUAGGGAUUUGAAAUCUUAUUUAUGUUAUUUAUUUUGGGGGGGGGGGGGAUGUAUUGUUUUGUAACUAUGUUUGGUUUUACCAUCAGCAGCUUUGAGAUCACAAUUCAAAAAGGUUUUUCUGUGUUGCCUGGCAUGUUAACUCUUUUUAAAACAAAAAAAACUGUACUGUCCGGAAAACCUCUUUUUGUUUGUAAUUCUAAAUGUUUGUCAAAGGCUGAAUGUGGUUGUUUUUGCAAAAAAACAAAAAACCCAACUUCCAACACGUCACAGUGCUGUCUGAAUUUUGAUUAAGAAAGGUGC